AUGCUAGCAACAUGCAGAUUAAAUACGUCAUCCUAUAAGCUAUUCAGUCUUAUAACAACUUCACCAGAGUCUAUCAGAUCAUUACCAAGACUACGUGUAAAUUUCUACUACCGCAAUUGUCAAAAUUGUCUUCCAAUUCAAGUAAAUUCAAGACAAUUAUUUUCCACAUUUACCAUCGCGCAUAAUAAAUCGAUACCGGAUCCGAAACCCCCAAAGACAGAAUCAACACUAACAAAAACCAAAGAUAAAAAAUCAAUGUCUAAAGGUCAUACACAUUCACAUAAAGAAGGAGGAUUACAUCUCCAUCAUCAUCAUUCGAUGCAUGAUCCUAAUGAAUUCCUUGCAACAAGUGCUUCUAAUAUUAGGAACAACGCUGCCGUGCGUAUCACUUGGAUCGGAUUAUUAGUCAAUAUAGCCCUUGCUGUUUCCAAAGGGAUUGGUGGGGUUGUUUUCCAUUCUCAAGCACUUAUAGCCGAUGCAAUCCAUUCCGUAAGUGAUAUGGUUGCCGAUUUUUUAACAUUAGCCACUGUUAAUGUCGCUAGUAAAAUUGGAUCUCCCACAAAAUUCCCAUUGGGAUAUGGGAAAAUUGAAACAAUUGGUUCAUUUCUGGUGAGUGCAAUCUUAUUAUUUGCUGGGAUUUCAGUAGGGUGGUCAUCAUUAGUUCAGAUUUUUGAAUUUACAUUGCCAACUUAUCUUUAUGACUAUGUGUCCCAAAUCCAUAUCGGACAUUCACAUACACAUACAGGAUUACCAGAUCCAUCACAUGGACAUUCUCAUUCUCAUUCAAAUCUUACCUCAGACACAGAUAUAUCCCCUCAUAAAGAAAUCCCAAAUAUUAAUGCUGCUUGGCUUGCUGGUGCAUCCAUCGUGGUUAAAGAAUUACUCUUUCGUAAAACUUUAAAAGUCGCCGAACAAACAAAUUCAAAAGUCUUGGUUGCAAACGCCUGGCAUCAUCGUGUUGAUUCCCUUACCGCCUUUGUCGCAUUAGUCACCGUUACUGGAGGUGUAUUAUUCAAUGUUGCCUGGCUUGAUUCAAUUGGUGGGAUUGGGGUUUCAUUCUUGAUUAUUAAGGCCGGUUGGGAUACUAUGUUGGAAGCAUGGUAUGAAUUGAUAGAUAGGGGUGAAAAACCAGGUUCGGUCUUGUAUGAUAAAAUCGAUGAAAUUAUUAAGAAUGAAUUAAGAAUCAAUCAAGAAUUACAAAAAUUUAGAUUGAAUGAAUUAUCGGUAUUAUCAAGUGGGGCAAAUACUAAUAUUCAUCUUGUUCUUGCUACUGAUGUUCAAGGGAUUGAUAUAAAGAUGUUGAAUGUUUAUGAACAGAAAUUAAGUCAGUUGAUUAGAGAGGAUGAUAAGUUUGUUAGAAAGGUAUUUAUUCUGUUUAAACAAGUUAAUGAACUUCCUCCAUUAGAAGAAGAAAACGUGGUUGAAGAAGAAGACGAAGAAGAAUCCCAUGAACAUUCUCAUGAACAUAGUCAUCAAAACCACACUCAUGAGCAUAAACAUUAG